GCGAGACGUAUCUAGUAUAUGACUUUCUUUGGUGUGGGCGGGGUUCUACUUAAUGUAUAAAAGGCUCGUCAGGAGAUCACAACGCGUAUUACAGAGAACACUUUUGUGCCUCCAAUAUGAAGGUGCUAGUAAUCACACUGCUAUGCGCAAUCGCGAGCUGCGCAGCAGGAGGAUCCGUGGCGUGGCCUGGUGCCAUCGCAGUGUCCUCCCCUCUCCUGAAGACCAUCAUCCCAGGGGAGACAAAGACCACCGCCUAUUCCACAACACAAUAUAUUAAUGCGGUGCCAACAUCGUAUGCAUUCGCUGCGCAGCCUCAGUUCGCAUACCACGGAGUGCCACAAGUCAACAGCUUCGCGUCCCUACAACCAGCAUACUACCCCAUAGCGGCACACUCGUAUAUUCCAACUACCAACGUCUUCUAUCCUUCAGCAGCUUCAUUUGCUCCAGUCCAGGCAUUAGCUCCUGGAUUCCCAGCAGCUCCUGCCUUCCCAUCAGCCCCUGCCUAUCCUAGCGCUCCUGAAAGCAGUCCUGCUCCUGCUUACCCUGGAAGCUCACCGAGCCCACCCUCUUCUCCAUCUGGGGACGCCGAUUCUGCCGUAGUAGACUCAGCAGACUAUAACGCUGAACAGCAAAGACAACAAGAACCUGCAUCAACUCCAGCUCCUCAACCUCCAGCGCCUGAACCCACUCAGCCAGCCCCGCAGUUCCCACCUUUCCCCCCUUCCAACACCUUCCCCAAUUUCCCUAGUUUCCCCCAACUGCCUCAAGAGCCUGGACAGGCUCCUUCAUUCCCGCAACUUCCUCAGCAGCCAAUUGCACAAUACCCAGACAACAUUUUCCUUCAGGGAACUUCCUCACCUCCCUCCAGUUUUCCUGGAGCCAACAACGAAGACAAAGGUCUAAAUGACGCAGACACGGUAUCCGUAGAAUCUGCUUAAAAUAUGUAUAUUCAUCAAAAUUUUCAAAAUAUGUAUAUCAGUACAUUUUUGUGAUAGGAUUAGCUUUCUAUUAUUAUAUGAAAGUGUUCUGCCAUAGAAAAUCAUUUCUAUGUGUGUAAUUUGUAUUUAUGAACAAUCUCAUUUUUGUUAUUUAUCAAUAUUUCAAACUUGAUUGAACCAUAUACAUCGAAUUUUUUUCACA